CGCAAACUCAGUUCUAUGCUCGACCACUGAAGUAUGUUUCGUUGGUCACGCUGUAGUUUAGGAUUUCUCGUUCUGUUGCCGGUAAUAAGGUAAUAAAUUUCAGACUGCCUUAAUCAGUACAUUGGUAAUUUGAAUUGGUGGUUACCAUGGUGAUAUUAAGUGGUUAAGGUCAGAGGUCUUGAUUCGAUUGGAAUUCGAGGACACCCAAGAAUGCACUGGUAUGGAUGGUGACAUGUAGUUGCGAAGACACCGACGUCUGGAAUAUGAAUUUACGCUAGUUUCUAGUGGACAAUGUAGCUGUAUUCAAGAACACGAUAGUUAAAAAUUUACGAUGGCAAAACAGGGGAAAAUCAGCAAAGAUAAUUCCGUCAUGGAUUUAGCGGUGGAAAAAUUACGACUUAAUAUCGGUACCGUGAGAGAAGGAAGCGGUAUUAAGAAUAAACGAUCAUUUGAAUUCAAAAUGUGCAAGAAAGUUGCAGAAUUGACACAGGUGGUUCAUAUGUUAUUCACCAGGAACCAUGAAAAGGAAGUUGAAAUAGAGGCAAUAAAGGAUGCAUAUGAAUACGAGAUAUCUCUCGUUAUCAAAGACGCCAAAGAACGGAUUAAUAAACUUGAUAGAGAGUUAGCUGAAAUCAAACAGCAAAUGAGACAAGAAACUUCUCGUUUACGAGAUGAAAUCCGGGAACGUGUUAAGAGUUUAGAAAGUAAAUAUGAAAGUAAGCUGCAUGAAAAAGAUGCUACAAUCUCUGAGUUAGAAAAUGAAAACGAAGAUUUAAAACAAAAACUAUUGAAAGCAAAGGAAUCUAUAAGUAGACUAGAGAAUGGUAUGUCUGAUGAAAGCCAGAAUUUACUUAAACAAAUCAAGGAAAAGGACAAGGAAAUUAAUCGGUUGGAAGCGAUUAUUUCUAAUAGAGAAAAGAAACACUGUGAUAAGGAAGACACAAUACAUGGUCUAAAGAAAAAACUUAGCAACUUGGAGGCAAAGUUUAUGAAUGAAAUUAGUGAAUUGAACCGAUCAUUAGUUGAAAGUAAUGAAAUUAGAGAAAAUCUUAGUCAGAAAAAUAAACAAUUAGAAGAUGAUGUGAAAAUGUUGAAGAAGGAGCUGCGUAAAAGAAUCAAAAGUAGUGGUAAUGACAGAAGCUCAGUCGUCAGAACUCAAAGUGCUUGGGAUCCUUCUGAUGAAAUUGAACGCCUAAGAAGAGAAAUAAAAUGGUAUCGCAUGGAGUUAACUAACAGGGAAGGCAACUUUAACAGGGUAUUUGCUGAGAAUGCCCCAGUACGAAUUGACCCAAGAACUGUAGGUAGCUUCGGGCAUUUUACUCGUGAAAAGACAGUGAUGAGUGGUGACCCAGUAAGCAGUGAUUCGAUCAGUAUGUCAAUUGGAGUGACAGGUCGGGAACAUAUAACAACAUCGUCACCAGGCAGAUUGCCGGUACUCGGCGUGGACCAUCGAAGACCAACCAACGUCAACGUCCUCUCAUACAGCAGUACUAGUGGUAGUAAUCCCAGAAUGUUGUCAAGGGAAAAUAAAAGUCGCAAAGUUGUACCAAAUCCGUGA